AUGGCGGGCGUAGCCACUGCGUAUUCGACCGAUCCCCUGCCCGCCUCUGGAGGCGUGGACAACGAAAAGUGGGAAUUUUCCGUACCGAUCGGCAACGAGGGAACGCAGCAUUCCUCACGACCACGCAACUCCCACGAUUCAAGCUCUGUCCGUGCGAGAUCGUCCCGAAAACGCAACUCGAACGGCUCGCGAAGCUCCUCGGUCUCUCGGAAGGUUCACGCACACGAAGCCUCCUAUCUGACCUCAACCCGCGGACGGCGAGAACACAGCCUGAGUCGACAUGGAAGCGAUCUUGGCAGUGGGCGAGAUGGAUCGGCCCAUGAUCACUCGAUCCGCCGAGAGCCAGAGGAAGAUCAGGGGGAACAGGAAACGAUGAACCCUCAGGAGAUGAACAGUGAGAAUUGGAUCCACCGGGAUAAGUUGGCAAAGAUUGAAAGCGAAGAACUUCACCAAGCCGCCAUACUUUUUCAACGACGCAUGAGAGCCGAGAGCAAGUCAAGCUCAGGCCAUGGGAGGAGCCAUGAUUCUCAACAGAGCAUUGCAAAUGGCCCGGCCUCGGCAAUCUCACCCAAUGUGGAACACUCCGAGCCCUGGCCUGAGCUACGAGAGGGAUCUCGGAAGGAAUACAACGAGCAUGAGGCUGAGGAUGAGGAACGGAAGCAUUGGGAUCUCCGCCGCCCCGAGGAGAUUGCCGCAGAUGAGGCUGCUGCCAGCAUCUACAGCCAUCCCGGCCUUCGUAAGAGUUCCUCCCGUAUCCCAAUUUCGACGGCUAGCCCCGUACCAAUGGCGUCUGGCCGUGACUCUCGUGGCCCCCGAAGCCGUGCUGCAACAGAUGAGCAUGAUGAUGAGCAGGCCUUCCGGGGCCGCAGGGCUAGCGAGCCGACCACAAUUGAUCCAGAGCCCACCACGCCUUCGCCUGAGGGCCGGCCCGGCAGUCGUGGCUUCAAUACCACCCAGAACACUCCGGCUAAGAAAACCCCAGGCAAACCUACUGGUUCUAGCAACCGCAAAACCUCCGCACCUCCUACAAACCGGAAAACCUCAACUGCGCGGUCCCGUGCGGUCUCUGGAAACACCUCACAACGUCCUGUCACUCGCUCCGGUGAGUCUCGGCCCACAACUGCAGUGAACCGGCCUGAGGGAGACCCGCCAUGGCUGGCAACCAUGUACAAACCAGACCCUCGUCUGCCACCAGAUCAGCAGAUGCUUCCUACGCUUGCCAAAAAGAUGCAACAGGAGCAGUGGGAGAAAGAGGGCCGGACACCCACCACAUACGAUCGCGAUUUUGCUCCCCUCGCUGUUCAUCCCGACGAUGUACCCCCAGUCCCACCCAAGGUCGUGGAACAAGAAAAGGUGGAGGAGCCGCCGAAGGCCAAGAGCCCUGAGCCACCACGGCCGAAUACGAGCACUGGUUACAGCACCAUGCCGAAGGUGCAGGACACUCCCCCAAUGGGCCUGACGCCCAAUCCCAACUGGAAUCCGCCCGUGGUUUCUGCGCCUGAGCAACCCAAGAAAGAGAAGGGCUGCGGAUGCUGCAUUGUGAUGUGA